AUGGGACCCGACGAUGCGAUGGCCCAACCAGUCCUAUCUGUUGAUGAAUACGGAGCGUUGCCGAUUUCUAUCAGGGGUACCAGUCUGUGGUUCGUGGAAUCACUGGAAUGGAUGCAGGUCCGCUACGACCGAGUUGCUUCAUCGGCGCCUCGUGCAUACUCUGGCGUGCUUGUCCUCACCGUCCUCGCUGCGAGAUCAUCUGACGCUAACCUGGUCUCUCACCGCAGAAAAAAGUAUUUCUCGUCGCUGGAGCGCCUGCGUAUCGCAGAAAACCAUGCUGCGUCGCAACUGCUCGUAGUUCCUGGCCGACCGACUCCCCUGGAUCGAAUCGAUGUUUCCCCCCCAUCCACCCGUCCUAGCACCGGUUAUUCUUAUCUCUCACACUCCGCCCAGCACUCCUCGGGUCGAGUGCGUAAAGGUCGACAUCAUUCGCGCCGGCGGUCCGUAUCAGUUGGGAACGACCGCGUUAUUACCAGGGCCGACGCCGAACGCUAUCUGGCGCUGCCAGAGAAAUUGAAACGGGCACAAUUCUCGAAAGAGGAGCAAUACUUGCUUGAAGGUUGUUGCACGUCAAUACUUUUGGAGAAGUUGGACGGAAAUAUUUCCGAUCAAGCCUCGGGAACAUUGACGGCCGUUUCAUUAAUUUCCUUGGACUACCAACAACACGAUCAGCGGGAGGACUCGAUCAUUGGACCGAGCCGGGACGGAAGCACAAAGAUGGCUCGCGAUAGCUUUCAAGACCACGAGCCAGUAGACCGCUCGAUGCCGUCGACACACGCGCGGAAGUACUCCCUGAGACGCAACUUUUCGAUAUCAACAACCAACCCGACCGGACGAACCUCGACUUCAUCUGCCCCCUCCGCCCUACCAUCGCCCUUAUUCACGGCCUUCCCCUCUCAUCGUCGAUCGAGAAACAAUUCUCUCAUCGUUCCCCCUCUCGAAUUCGUCACCACCCCUCAAGGAUGUGACGCAACAGCACUCCACUAUCAAGAUCCCGAGGCCCGCAUGAAGCUCCGCCAAUAUCUUGCCUCCCCCCAAAAGUUCGACGAAGCCAUCGAGUUUGGCUUUCCUGCGUCUGCAGCAAACAACGAAAACACUGGCCGACAUUCGACGGAGCCCACCCGCAUAUCAACCUCGCAUUCACGGCAACGCCGGAUACUCUCCGCUGCCAAUGAUGCACAAACCUUCCUUCGCAACGACGAUUUCUCCUUCCUCGACAAUUCCGAUAUCCUUUCUGAUGACAGCGGUUCAAUGGUGUACCACGAUCGCUCCACUGCCGCGACUACACCGGCCGCCGACCUCGACUCCGCAUCAGACUCCGACAGCGCUCCUGCCUCUCCAGUCACCCCUAACGAUACCCACCCACUCUCCAGUCACCCCUCAAACCCCGAAGUCGACACCGACACCAUCGCCAAUGUCCACGCCUUCGUCGAUCGCGUCACCGCCUCCAAAUUCGCCAACAUCCACGAAGAUAUCCUCCCGCCUUUCACAGUCAACCUCUCCGUCGCGCCCGCGCCACUGCUCACCUCCCCUUCUCCAAAAACCAGUGCUGGCGCCCGCUCCGAACGCGACAUGUGGGACGAAGCCCUCUCCCCUGGAGGCCGCGAGAUGACGUUGCGGAUGACACUCACGCGACCGGACCUGCGGGCCGACGAAGAGACCAUCUACGGCUGGCACGACGGCAAAAGCCGCGGCAAGCGGUCGGGCAGCAUCUCCUACGGUUUAACCACCUUGUCCACGUCCGGUGCGGCGGCGAUCUUUGGAAGCACCGCGAAUCGACAAUCGAAACCGUACGAUCCGUUGGCUCUGGAGGCUCUCCCUCAGUUCACCGACGACGCGACAGGGGAGCAUGGUGCCUUUGCGGUCAAGCCGCCGAAGAGCGAGGGGGGGCUUAUGCGGAGGAUGCUUCGACGGGUAGCGGGAUCGAAGGGGAUCGCGACGGGGUGA